ACAGAUAAACUUAACAGAAAACAGAAUGGUAUUAACUCAAGUGAAUAAUUGUCCCAGCACAUUUUCGAAAUGGAGGAACAGCUCUAAAGAGUGUCCAAACACAGACUAUUAUCAUUGUGUGCUUGAUGAGAACUCCAACUUUGUUCAGGGAUGCAUAAAACCAAUAUGGAUCGAGACAGAGUUUUGUCCGGUGUACAACACAAAAGCCGUGAAAAUGGACUCACAAAAAUGCAAAAGAAAAGAAUGUCCAACAAGCAACUUCCGCUCUUUUCAGAUUUAUCAAUAUCCUGAAUGUUUAUCAAGGGAAAGACUUAUUUUGGAAUCCACUACGGAGAGUGACAUUUCGUUGUCAGCCACCCAGACUUUGACAGAGAAUGGAUCCUCGCGUCCAUUAGCAUAUAUUCAGCCAUAG